UCGGAAGGAGCAGGAAGAGAGGAGCCGAAGGAGGCAAAAAGAACACGCAGGCGCCGAGGCAGCGGAUGAUCGGAGCCGAGUGUGUGUUGCAUUUUUCUCGCAUUGCAUCUUCCUGGCCGCGGAGGACCUGAACCGACUACGAGGAUGCUGCUGCUGGUGCAUCUGAUGGCGAUCUUGCUGUGCAGGAGCCAAGCCGCCCUGCAGGUUUCCAUAUCCUUGAACAAGGUGGAGUUAAGUGUUGGAGAGUCCAAGUUCUUCAUCUGUACAGCGAUUGGCGACCCGGUGAGACUAGAGUGGUACAACCCUCAGGGGGAGCGCAUCCAGCCUUCGAAGCGCAUGGCACUGCACACAGAGAUGUCGAGAUCCCGGCUAAUCAUCUACAACGCCAUCAUCGAGGACGCCGGCAUCUAUCGCUGCCAGGCAUCCGACACCAACGGUCAUACGGCGGAGGCCUCAGUGGUGCUGGAGAUAUACCAGAGGCUGACUUUUCGAGACGUUCAAUCGCCGCAGGAGUUCCGCCACGGUGAGACGGCUGAGGUCAUUUGUGACGUCAUCAGUUCACCCGUGCCGGAGGUUGUGUGGUACUACCAGGGCAGGGAGAUCACCGAUGAGCACCACAGCAGGUUCAAGGUGCUUGCAAACAACAGCCUGCAGAUCCACCGUAUGACCAAGGCGGACGAGGGCGUGUACCGCUGCGAAGCCAGCGUGGAGGCUCGCGGCGAGAUCGACUUUGUGGAUAUAGCCGUGGUGGUGAACGUACCCCCAGUCCUGUCAGUGACCCAACAGUCAUUCAACGCCACCGCGGACUACCAGGAGUCGGUCACCUUCACGUGCAUCACCUCUGGAUCUCCUGAUCCUGUGAUCACAUGGCACAGGAAAGGCCUGCAGCUGGAGCCAUCAGAUCAGUACAUCCUCAGUCGCCUGGAAGGGGGGCGGGGCAUGCUGACCAUCCGCAACAUCCGCCAGGGCGACGGAGGCUUUUACUACUGCAAGGCCACCAACAAGGCGGGUUCUCAGGAGAAAGAGCUCUUCCUCAAAGUGUUCAUCCAGCCUCACAUCACGCAGCUGAAGAAUGUGACGGCGGUGGAGAGCAAUGCCGCCAUGAUCACCUGCGUCGCUGAGGGCGAACCUCUGCCUGACAUCUCCUGGAGGCGAGCCAGUGACGGGCGGACUUUUGUGGAUGGAGACAAGAGCCAGGACGGACGCUUCGAGGUGCGCGGACGCCACGGCAAGUCGGUGCUGACCAUCGCGAGCGUGAAGUUGGCGGACCUGGGUCGCUUCGACUGCGAGGCACUGAGUAGGAUCGGAGGCCAUCAGAAAAGCAUGUUUCUGGACAUUGAGUACAUACCAAAGUUCCUGACCAACCACAUCAUCCACUAUUCUUGGGAGGGGAACCCAGUGAACAUCAGCUGUGACGUGAUGUCCAACCCGCCUGCCAUCUUGCUGUGGAGGAAAGAGCACUUCACCAUCCCUGCGGAGGGCACUGCCAACACCCGGGUGCACAACGGCAUGGGAAAAUCUGUGCUCGAGGUUACGCCAAUGUCCGAUAGGGACUUCGGUCGUUACAACUGCACAGCCCGGAAUAACAUCGGCAUUCGAUACCAGGAGUUCAUUCUGGCUCAGGCUGAUGUGCCGUCCAAUCCGUACUCUGUUCGCCUGUCGGCCGUCUCCCAGCGCUUGGCCACCGUCACCUUCAUGAAGCCCGACUCGCACGGCGGCGUUCCCAUCAGCUAUUACUUAGUCCAGUACAAGGAGGUGGGCCUACAGGACUGGAGGGACGUUCGGUCACACAGUGUGCAGAGAAGUAAAAUUAAUGGUGGAAUUACUAUCCCCAACACCACGUACGAGGUUCGAGUGGCGGCCGUCAACGGGAAGGGUCAGGGCGAGUUCAGCCACAUGGAGACUUUUCAGACCUUACCCAUCCGAGAACCAAGUCCGCCCGCAGUCCACGGGCAGAGAGGAAUGGGUAAAGCCUACAAGCUGGGGCUGGUCAAGCAGGAUGACGGAGGGAUGCCCAUCGUGGAAUAUAUCGUCAAGUACAAGACAGACAAAGAAGAGCAGUGGAUGACCAAGUUGGUCCCAGGCUCCAAUGAUUUUGCAACGCUGCAACCGCUCCAGUGGAACACGAGAUACGAAGUGGAGAUCACAGCCCGCAACGUCAAGGGCCUGUCGGAGCCCACCUUCUAUCAGUUCUUCAUGCCUCAGAAACCUGACAUCACAGCAGAAUCCCUGUUCAGCGGCCUGGGCCUCGGUGCGGUGGUGGGCCUUGGUCUGGGAGCGCUGCUGCUGCUGCUGGUCCUGGUGGACGUCAGCUGCUUCUUCCUGCGCCACUGCGGCCUGCUGAUGUGCAUCACGCGCAGCCUGUGCAGCAAGAAGACCGCCACCAGCGGAAAGGGCAAAGAAAUGGAGGAGGGCAAGGCGGCCUACUUGAAACUGCCGCUGAAGGAAGAAAAUGGCAAAGAGUCUCUCAAGCCGGAUACGAUUGAAAUCAAAUUGCACGGCGACCGCAGCAUCCACACAAAGCCGGACGACAGCAAAGCGUAAACGGGGGAGGGGGGGACGUCGGUCCUCGGUCCUCUCGCCCACCACCACCACCACCACCACCACGCCCCCACCCCCGACCCAACAAGAACAUUCGGAAUCACGAGACCAAAACCCCGGACACUGGAACAUAACGGAGAGAUUUUCUUGCUCAUACAAAGGGGGGGGGCAUAUGUAAAUAAACAGUGGAAGCGCGGACAUCGGGCUCAUGUUCAACAACGAUUGUAUGUUAUUUUUCUUGUGUCCGCUUAUGAUUCACACUAUUUUUAUGUCCAUGCAGGAAAAGUAAUAACUCCGCCGAGGGCCCCCUGCUGACCUUUCACCGUCGCCCCUUGUAGCAGAAAGCUCGCGGUUCCAAUGAUGUCAAUCCCUGUUUUUUUUUUUUUUUAUUAGCCGGGACCUUUAAAGAGAGAAUUCAGCCAAAAUGAUUAAUCCAUUGUUUCUUUUGAGUUCCCAAGGGGGAGGAAAAACAGCGAUAAUAAUAAAAAAUAAAAAAAAUAAAAAAGUUCAGUUCACUGUUGGAAAAAAAAAAGCUUUUUCUACAAUAUUGACAAUGAAAAUUGUUGCUGUGUCUCAAAAACUUUUUGAAAGACCUUGAAUGUUUUCAUCCGUCAAAGCAGUUUGUUGGUAGAACUGAAAGCGAGGAAUUUGGGGGGAUAACUUUGAUGUCUUUCGGGGAAAUGUAUUUUCUUUGUCGGUCGGCUCGCUUACAUGGUCAUGUGUUGUACAUAAGUGGAGAGAAAAAAAAAAACGUAUUUUGCAGAGCUUUUAUGUAAAUAUACCCUAAAGGAUGUGACUUUUUUUUUUCCAUAAGGCACGUUCAUCUUCUUUUGCUAUGUUUUAUUUGGUGCAAAGGGUUAUUGUCAGUCAUGGCAUCAUUUUUGUUCAUUUCCUUUAAAGCAGGGCUAAGUAACCGGUGGCCAAAUCCGACCCUCAAGUUCAGUUCCAAACAUAAAUGACUCAAAUGUCACUAACACACUCUCUUGAUAUAUCUGUUGCUCCUGAAAAUGAAUCCGGCAGUUAUUUCCUAUUACCGUAUUUUUCGGGCUAUAAGUCGCAAUUUUUUUCAUAGUUUGGCCGGUGACGUUAUAACUGUAGAAAGAUCGAGGGCGAGUUAUUGGUUUCUUAUGUGGGUUUAUUGUUAGGCAGUUUCAUUAACGUCCUCCCAGCACGGUAACAACACACAACAACAGCAGUCACGUUUUCGUCUACCAUAAAGCAGUUUGUUUGCCGUAAACAGCAAUGUUGUGACACUCUUGAACAGGACAAUACUGCCAUCUGCUGUACAUGCAUAUGGUUAGAAAAAUAGUGACAGAGAAUAGAACAAGGAUGGACAAUUCAACCCUUAACUCAACAAGGAGUAGAUGAGUUUUAUGUGUGUGUAUAUGUGUAAAUAAAUGAACACUGAAAUUCAAGUAUUUCUUAUAUACAUAUAUAUAUAUAUACAUAGCUAGAAUUCACUGACAGACAAGUAUUUCAUAUAUAUAUGUAUAUGAAAUACUCGACUUGGUGAAUUCUAGCUGUAAAUAUACUCCUCCUCUCUUAACCACGCCCCCAACUACGCCCCCCUGACCCCCCACCUCCCAAAACCGGAGGUCUCAAGGUUGGCAAGUAUGCUCAGGAGCGACUUUUGUGUAAAAUUAUUAACACAUUACCUUAAAAUAUCAAAUGAUAAUAUUUAGCUCAUUCACGUAAGAGACUAGACGUAUAAGAUGUCAUGGGAUUUAGCGAUUAGGAGUGACAGAUUGUUUGGUAAACGUAUAGCAUGUUCUAUAUGUUAUAGUUAUUUGAAUGAUUCUUACCAUAAUAUGUUACAUUAACAUACCAGGCACUCCAUUGGUUAUUUAUGCGUCAUAUAACGUACACUUAUUCAGCGUGUUGUUCACUGUUCUUUAUUUAUUUUAAAUUGCCUUUCAAAUGUCUAUUCUUGGUGUUGGGUUUUAUCAAAUAAAUUCCUCCAAAAAAUGCGACUUAUACUCCAGUGCGACUUAUAUGUUUUUUUUUUAUCCUUCUUUAUUAUGCAUUUUUGGCAGGUACGACUUAUACUCCGGAAAAAUACGGUAUGUCAAUUAGUUUUUGAGUAACUGAUAGAUCACUAACUGUACUUGCAAUGCCCCCUUUCUAUCGCCAGACUUGAUAUGCCACCCCCUCUUGGUGUGAUAUACAUCUACGGCUGGGGUUAUUUUGCGGCCCCCACCUUAAUAUGAAAGUUUAAUGUUAGUGCGGCCCGUGAGUUUUAUAUGAAAGGCACUUGACAACGUUGUGUUUAUUGGGUUCAAAAUGGCUCUUUCAACGUUCUGGGUUGCCUACCCCUGCAUUAGUGGAAAAGUGGCAAAUGAGUGGAAGCGACAUAGACGUUACCAUGGAGAUGAGGGUUUUGUCCGUCAGUAAUAACAGUCCUCGGUAACCCGGACCAAUUCAAACCGUUAUUUUUAUUUUAUUUUUUUAUUGUUUUAUUUGCAUUGCCUCACACAAUGAACGCUAUAUAUAUUUUUAUAUGACGGCGGAUAACACUCCGGGAGCCGCCACUUUUUUGCUUUCGCUAUCCCGGUAUUUUCCCGGCUGUUAUCCGCCGGCCGCCGUGUUUCUCUAGUGAGGAAAAGAGGAACGACACACAUUGGAAACUUUACACAAACAGUUGCUCAAAAUCCUUGACCUAAAACCACACCAUCACCAUCACUGUUUAGUUCUCCAAAAAUAUAGAUUGUUAAACUUAGUUAACAUUCAAAGAUUAGCAUCAAUAAAGUAUGUCUGAUUCUGAUUCUGAUCAAUAGGAAUGGCCCAUCGAAUCUUAAAUAACACUGCACCAGCGCCACUUAAGCAUUUUGUCCAGUUUACAUCUGCUGUGACAACUAGAAACAUACAAGCCUCCACCAGAGGGCAGUGUAGCAUACCCAGAUGUAAAACAUCUUUUGGGGCGGUAUAGCUCGGUUAGUAGAGUGGCCGUGCCAGCAACUUGAGGGUUGCGGAUUCAAUCCUCGCUUCCGUCAUCCUAAUCACUGCUGUUGUGUCCUUGGGCAAGACACUUUACCCACCUGCUCCCAGUGCCACCCACACUGGUUUGAAUGUAACUUAGAUAUGGGGUUUCACUAUGUAAAGCGCUUUGAGUCACUAGAGAAAAAGCGCUAUUUAAAAAAUAUAAUUCAAUUCAAUUCAUUGCGGAAAUAACAUUAUUCUCUGUGCGUCUGCUAAAUAGAAAUAUAUUCCACAGCCCCAAACGUGUCUUUUUCAAAGCCUGCAGUGAAGAGAAAAGUUUUUGACUAGCAAAGACAAUUCCAGGAAAAAGUGGGAGAUGCAAUAUUUCUUUGUUGAGCACAUAUGGGUUGAAAAUGAUUUGCAAAUCAGUGUACAGUUGUGAUCAAAAUUAUUCAACCCCCACACAAUGUUGGUGUUUUAGCAAGUUGGACAUUUAUUCCGUAUUUUGUUUAUAGUCAUAUCAAAUAAAGAUGUGUCAAAUAGACAAAUGCAACUUAAAUUGUAACACUGUAUUUUACAAAAUACCAAAAAAGGACAUUUUUCUUAAUAUCUCAUUGACAAAAGUAUUCAACCCCCUAGUUACAUGCAACUUUAGUACUUAGUAGAACACCCUUUGGCAGUAAUGACAUCCUUCAAAGGUGAUACAUAACCGGACACAAGCUUCUUGCAACCAUCUACAGGUAUUUUAGCCCAUUCCUCUUGGGCAAAGGCCUCCAGUUCAUUCAUAUUCUUGGGCUUGCGUGCUACAACUGCCUUCUUCAAGUCGCACCACAGCUUUUCUAUAGGAUUUAGGUCUGGCGACUGUGAAGGCCACUCCAGAGUCUUCCAGCCCUUCUUCUGCAACCACUCUGAUGUUGAUUUGGAGGUACGCUUGGGAUCGUUGUCCUGUUGGAAGGUCCAACGUCUCCCAAGCCUCAGCUUCGUCACUGACUUCAUGACAUUUGCAGCUAAUAUAUCCUGCUAGGAAAUAGAAUUCAUAAUGCCUUGAACGCGCUGGAGAUUCCCGGUAAUUGAGGCAGAGAAACAGCCCCAGAGCAUGAUUGACCCCCCACCAUGCUUAACAAUAGGCAAGGUGUUCUUCUCUUUGUAAGCUUCAUUUUUUCUCCUCCAGACAUAACGUUGACUCAUAGGCCCAAAGAGUUCCAGUUUUGUCUCAUCACUCCGUAGAACAGUUUCCCAAAACCUUUGGGGUUUGUCCAGAUGAUUUUUGGCAUACUGGAGUGUAUUUUCCUUGUGCCUGGUAGUCAGAAGUGGGGUGGGCCUGGGAGUUCUGGCAUGGAGGCCUUCAUCUCGUAGUGGCCGCCUUAUUGUCUGGGACGAAACCUGCGUUCCCCCCUCUGCAAUGUCCUGUUGUAGUUCCUCAGCUGUUAGCCGGGGGUUUUUCACCACCGUACGCUUCAAAUACCGGACAGCAGUUGCACAUGGCCUCCUCUUUCUACCACGCCCAGGUAGUGUUUCCACUGUGCCUUUAGCUUUAAACUUGCAAAUUAUGCUCCCAACUGUGUCUCUUGGAAUGUGUAAUGGCUUUGCUAUUUUCUUAUAUCCAUAUCCUUUCUUAUGAAGAGAAAUUACCUCCUCUCUUGACUUCUUUGACCACUCCCUGGACUUCACCAUGUUGCAAAUACACCAUUGACCAUCUACAAGAAGCUGAGCGUCACAGUCUUUUUCAAUCAGUUUAAUUGUUGCUCGUUAUGGUUCUAAUCACAUCUACAGGUGUUUUCAACACCUGUUGAAAAGACCUUAUUCAAAUUCUGUUCUUAAGAGUUAUGAUCUUCAAGGGGUUGAAUAAUUUUGUCGAUGAGAUAUUAAGAGAAAUGACACUGUUUGGUAUGUUACAAAAUAUAAUGUUGUAAUACAAGUUGCAUUUGUCUAUUUAAUGCAUCUUUAUUUGAUAUGACUAUAAACAAAAAACGGAAUAAAUGUCUAACUUGCUAAAACACCAAAAUUGUGUAGGGGUUGAAUAAUUUUUAUCACAACUGUAUUUCCCGACUCAUAUGGAAACAGGGUUUGUAAAGAAGGGAUGGUUUGAAUGAUUCUGACUGAAGGGGAAGGGUAUUGAACUAUCCACUGCAGUAUUUUGCAUGAGGGAUUUUUUUUUUUAUAUCUGUAACUCUGACAAAAGAAAUAUACCAAAAACAAAUGUCCACAAUAGAAGAUGUUGGUUCUCAAAAUAAUAGCGACGCUUCUUAACGUCCCGGCGAUGUGAACCCUCGAGGGAUUUAUCCGAAUAGCCCUGCUUUAAAGCCUAAAACUACAUAACGUUGAGUUGUUUCAUUCCUGAUGAGUCAGACACACUUCUGGAUUGCAAUUUAACCGCUUUUUGCCACCAAUCUUCUCCUGGAAAUGUGCUGAACUCAAAGCAGAACAUCGGUCCAACCUGAGGCAGAUGUGAUGACUACUGAAUGCUGGCAUUAUGUUUCAAUCUGUGUGUGAGUGGGUGAGUGGGUGGACGAGUACUUAUCAUGCAUUAGGUUGCAUGUGGAUCUUUUGAAUGCAUCUGCAUGAGCGGUGACCACUUUUUCACAGCAAGAGCGUCCCGGGUUUCAAAAACAUGAAUUAGUGGGCUGCUCAGAUGUCUCUGGUUUUUAUUUCGAUGUCCAUGAUUAUGGCCUCCCAUGAAUGUGAGUAGGUGAUUAUGCACUUGCGUCUCCCACUGCGAUUCCGACACCUCCCCUGACUGAUUUUCGUCUCAGACCUGAUGUACCGUACUCUCAUCACACCGAUGGUCUCGCCGCGGAGGGCUCCCCGCUGCAGAUCACAAUGACUAUACAAGCGAGAGCGUGGCGUUACAAUUUGUACAUGUUCUUUUGUAUUUGACCAAGUCGGGGGGAAAAAACAAGCCCUCUUCCUCCCUCCACCACCUAUCCAAAGGGGGUCGAAGAAGGUGUGUGAUCUCAGUGUACAGUGUGUGUCCUCUUUGCCUCCACCCUUUCGGACCUUUCUUGCUGAGUGUGCUUUGUGCAGGAAGUGGGAAUAUUGAUGUCUCUCUGUGUGUACCUGUGCAACACUUGUGACUCCUGUCAUUUGCCGCUGUAAAUAAACAUGUCCUGGUAGAAGAGACAGUGUUUCAA